AGGAGCUGCACAGUGCGCACACACACGCGCACACACACACGCGCACACAUGCUGUAGUGUUACUGCUGCUGUUAGACUGAAGGAGGAGAUACACGCGCUGAACUGGCGGACUGAACAACUCGCGGCUUAUCGGCUGGUAAACAUGAGCUUAGGUUUUGGAGUACUGAUCUGCACGCACGCGAGGCGCUGAAUUAGCGGCAGUGAGCGCGAGCAGGAGCGCGUGCAGGAGCGGCGCAGUUCAGGGAAUAUUGACACCGAUUCGUUCGUGCGGCUGUUCGGGCGGCUCGUGAUAAGACUGACUGUGCUAAAACUUGGAUCUGACGGACGCUGCGUUUAAUGAACUAUCCCAUUCACGGCAUAGCCACAUCCCAGCCGGGCGAGUUAUUUCUCAUUGAACUAUUUCUCUAUUUUUGUGCAGCGGAUACCUUCAGUUUCUGUGCAGCCUAUCAUGGGGAAAACUAGUGCAAAGACUGGGAGAAAGGAAAGCAUGAGUACUGGAUUCUUACUGCACAUCAUCUGUAUAUCCACUUUUGUCUUUACCCUCUGCAACACCAGUACUGCUCAAGAUGACGACUACUUGGGACUGGGCGAGCUUCCCGAGACUUUUCCCUCGGACCCUCCCGAGCCCCUCCCACACUUCCUGAUGGAGCCGGAGGAGGCCUAUAUCGUCAAAAACAAACCGGUCAACCUGUACUGCAAAGCUACGCCCGCUACGCAGAUCUACUUCAAGUGUAACAGCGAGUGGGUACCGCAGAAGGAGCACACGGUGGAGGAGCGUGUGGAUGAAACCUCAGGCCUGGUGGUGAGAGAGGCAAGUAUCGAGAUCACCCGUCAGCAGGUGGAGGAGCUCUUUGGUCUUGAGGAUUUUUGGUGCCAGUGCGUGGCCUGGAGUUCAGCCGGCACCACCAAGAGCCGCAAAGCCCAUGUCCGAAUUGCCUAUCUUAGAAAAACAUUCGACCAAGAACCUCUGGGAAAAGAGGUUUCUCUUGAACAGGAGGUGCUUCUCCAGUGCCGACCACCUGAAGGAGUACCCGCCGCGGAGGUGGAAUGGCUUAAGAACGAAGAGAUAAUUGACCCUGCGGAUGACCGUAACUUCUACAUCACCAUUGACCACAAUCUGAUCAUCAAACAGGCUCGUCUGUCUGACACCGCCAACUACACCUGCGUCGCCAAAAACAUAGUGGCAAAGAGGAGAAGCACCACAGCUACUGUUAUAGUCUACGUGAACGGAGGCUGGUCGACGUGGACGGAGUGGUCUGUGUGUAACAGCCGUUGUGGUAAGGGUUAUCAGAAGAGGACUCGAAGCUGCACCAACCCAGCACCGCUUAACGGAGGAGCCAUAUGUGAAGGACAGGCCAUCCAGAAGCUAGCCUGCAACCCAUUGUGUCCAGUGGAUGGUUUGUGGACGGAAUGGAGUAAAUGGUCGACGUGUGGAACUGAAUGCACUCACUGGAGGAGAAGGGAGUGCAGCGCCCCGGCUCCCAAAAAUGGUGGUAAAGACUGCGAGGGGAUGGUGCUUCAGUCCAAGAACUGUACAGAAGGCCUAUGCAUGCAAACUGCCCCGAGCACAGACGGUGUGGCCCUGUACGUGGGUAUUGUGAUCGCAGUGAUCAUGUGCCUAGUCAUCUCGGUGAUCGUGGCUCUUUUUGUUUAUCGCAAAAACCAUCAGGACUACGACUCCGACAUCAUUGAUUCAUCUGCGCUCAAUGGCGGCUUCCAGCCAGUCAGCAUCAAGACGGCUCGUACAGCUGAUCUUCUUACCGCCCCUCCUGACCUGACCUCCGCCGCAGCUAUGUACCGCGGGCCAGUCUAUGCCCUGCACGACGUGGCCGACAAAAUCCCCAUGACCAACUCACCCCUGCUCGACCCUCUGCCCAACCUGAAGAUCAAAGUGUACAACUCAUCAGGCACCGUCACACCCCAGGAUGAGCUGUCUGACUUCAGCUCCAAACUCUCGCCCAAACUCGGUCACAUGCUCAUCGACAGCGACACAAUGGGACGACACACUCAGAGCCUGGUUCGCACUCGGGACCCUUCCUGCACUGCCUUUGGUUCCUUUAACUCACUUGGAGGUCACCUGAUCGUCCCUAACUCAGGCGUGAGCUUGUUGGUGCCAGCGGGUGCUAUCCCACAGGGACGGGUGUAUGAGAUGUACGUGACGGUGCACAGGAAGGAGUCAAUGAGACCUUCAGUGGAUGAUACACAGACAGUUCUGAGCCCGGUGGUGAGCUGUGGACCUGCAGGAGCUUUGCUGACUCGGCCAGUGAUCAUCACCAUGCACCACUGUGUCGAGGCUGACACGGAGGACUGGCUCAUUCAGCUGAAAAGCCAAUCGCAGCAAGGCCAGUGGGAGGAUGUUGUGGUGGUGGGAGAGGAGAACUUCACCACUCCUUGCUAUAUUCAGAUGGAUGAGGAGGCCUGCCACAUUCUGACGGAGACGCUGGGCACGUAUUGUUUGGUGGGUCAGUCAGUGAGUGCAGCAACUACCAAGAGGCUCAAGCUGGCCGUGUUUGGACCGGUCACCUGCACCGCUCUGGAGUACAACAUCCGCGUUUACUGCCUGGACGACACACAGGAUGCUCUUAAAGAGGUGCUGCAGAUGGAGAAGCAGAUGGGUGGAAAGCUCCUGGACGAACCAAAGACCCUGAACUUUAAAGACAGCACCCAUAACCUACGUCUGUCCCUGCACGACGUCCCUCAUAUGCAGUGGAAGAGCAAACUGCUGGCCAAAUACCAGGAGUUAUCUUUCCAGCAGGUAUGGAGUGGAUCUCAGAGGAACCUGCACUGCACCUUCACUCUGGAGCGCUUCAGUGCUGCCACAGUCGAGCUGGCCUGUAAACUGUGUGUACGCCAGGUGGAGGGCGAGGGUCAGAUCUUCCAGCUCAACACCACUCUGUCUGAGGACACUCAAUGCAUUGAUACAUCUUUGCUGGACCCGGCUAGCAACAUCACUACGCUGGUGGGACCAAACGCCUUUCGCAUCCCUCCAUCCAUCCGACAGAAGCUGUGCAGCAGCCUGGAUGCCCCUCAGACGCGGGGCAACGACUGGAGGAUGCUUGCACACAAACUGAACCUGGACAGGUACCUGAACUACUUCGCCACCAAGUCCAGUCCGACCGGGGUGAUCUUGGAUCUGUGGGAGGCGCAGCAUUUCCCAGACGGAAACCUGAACAGAUUGGCUGCCGUGCUGGAGGAAAUGGGUCGCCAUGAGAACAUUGUAUCCAUGGCAACCGAGCACUGAUGCCCGUCGGCUGCGCCGUGUACAGGACAAGAGGAGAAGAAGGAAUGGAUGAUUUACAGUGGGAAAUGGCAGAGGGCUUAAAACACUGCGGUGGGCAUAUACAGCCGUUAUGGCAUGGCAGCACGGUGGCUAUUUUACCCGGCUUUACAGGGGACAGCGAUGCAAAGGACCUGAGCAGAGACUCAGAGAUGCUUUCUUAUCAUGUCAAAGUGUAAAAUCGAGAGGCGCAAAACCAAUUCAGGACACAUUGUACUUUAA